AUGCAUUGCAUGGAGCGGUUGCUGGAGCACUACACCGGCAAGAGCACACUUGAUGCCGAGACACUAAAGACCUUGGCCGAGUCUGUCGAGAAGGGACGUGCCGGCCCGGAGGCAUGCAGGGCCGGGGCUGAAGCGCAUGUUUCCAUGGAGCCGGAAGUCGGCGUCGAGCCAGAAGCGCAAUCGCAAAGCUCAGACUCCUUCAAGGUAGACGAUAUCACGGUGCAGCCUUUGGAGAACAACAUCACACAUUACUCGGGUGAGUUCUCGCACUGGAACUUCUCCAUGAGAAUAAAGCAGUGGAUCGAGCAGUGUGUAAACGACGCCCCGGAUGGCCCCAAAACACAGUUCAAGGAGUACUACCGCCCGGAAGAGCUGCAGUCGUCAUCAAACGCCGUGGCUUCACUGUCGUCCCUGCCGCCGCGUUACGUCGCCGACUUCCUGGUCCACGCUUUCUUCAACCAUGCCGAGACCAGCUACUUUUACGUCGAACGCCAUUGGCUGAACGAGAAGCUGGACUUGGUUUACGAGAACUCGGCGUCCCUCACGCGGCGAGAUGUCGGCACCGUGUGCAUGAUCCUCAUAAUCUUCGCCAUCGGGACGCAAUAUGCCUAUCUAGAUUCUCGUGACGAGAGAGGCGGGCCUCCCAGUGCUGCUGCCGACUCGAGCCCCUUUUCCGAGGAUACGAUUGGUAUCAUGUUCUACCAGCAGGCAUGCCGACUGGUCCCGGACGUCAUCACAAUAUCGUCGUUGGAAAGCGUCCAGGCAUGUCUUUUGAUCGGCUUGUAUACGCUGCCGCUCGAUGCUUCGGGCCUGUCGUACGUCUACUUGAACCUCGCAGUCAAGCUGGCGAUUCAGAACGGGAUGCACCGCAAGUAUCCCGGGGACGCCAUUGAUCCCGUCAUCCGUGAGACAAGGAAUCGGGUGUGGUGGACGGCCUACACCACCGAGAAGCGCAUUGGCAUAUUCCACGGCCGACCAGUAUCCAUCGCCGCCGGCGAUGUCGAUGCAGAGUUGCCGCGAGAUCGCACAGAUAUCUGGCCGGGGCCUGCACCGCCGAACACAGCACACAUGUUGGCAACACUCCAGCUCAACAACGCCUUGAGCCGGAUAGCCCAUCAAAUUUCGUUAUUCAAGACGUACGAAAAGCACGAGAUACCCGAAGGCAUGGCCAAGCUCGUCGAGAUGAAAGCCCAACUCCACAAUUGGUGGAACAGCCUCCCGGAGCCGACGUUUUGCAAAGAUCCUACCUCGGGCCCCGAAGUCUUCCGGCCCACCAUGCACCUGAGACUGGAAUACUGCCUUGUCCGAAUGUUCGCCGGCCGUCCCUUCAUCUUCCCCCGGGACUCGGCCCGCAGCACCGCAAGCUCGUCCGGUUCGCCUGCAGACUCGGCCCCACCGCCACGGACGAGCAGCUCGACAGGCAAAAUACACCCUCGCUCGGUCCUGGUCGCGGAUUGCGUCGAUGCGGCGCUGUGCGUGGUGGAGACGUGCCGUCUGCUUCGCAACAGCGUCGGCCUUGCCAGGGCAUCGUACACCGAGUUCAGCUCCUGUCGCGCCGCGCUGCUCGUGAUCAUCACGCAGUGCCUCCAGAAGAAAACGGACCGCCUGCGCGAUGCGCUGAGAGAAGGCAUGGCGAUGCUCAAAGAGAUGUCGGCGGGUGGCGAGUCGGCCAAGUCCGAGAUGUCGCUGAUCGAGGCGUUCGAGCGCGCCAUCUCGAGGCUGGACACGGCGGACGACUCCAGCUCCGCAAAGGAGUCGGAUUACGCAAGGUUUAAGAAAUGGGAAAUGCUGUGGAAAACGGACAUGCCGGCGCAGGAUGCGAGGAGCGAUAGGGGCCUCGAUGCGGCCCUGCCCAUCCCGCCGCAUCCUGCCAUGUUUGGGCGCGGGAGCCAAGGUCAGGGCGGACACGUCGCCCCCGGGGCGGGUCGACAGGGCACGGCGUCACUGCCGCCCGCGAUGCCGUUCUUCGGACUUGAUGGGAGCCUGUCGCCAAUGCCACCAGCUCUCGACCAGUUCUCGGCCAUGUUCGGGAAUGGGUACGUGCCGGGUUUUGACGACCUAGACGGGAGCGUAAAUGGGAACUGGAUGGGUCUUUAA